UUUCCUCCCGCCGCCGGAAGUCCCGCCCUUGCUACCAGCCUAAGGCCCCGCCCCGGGAAGCUGUGGCUGGGGCGCCAAGGACCCAGGAGACCAUGAGUACCUCCAGGCUCUACACCCUGGUGCUGGUGCUGCAGCCUCAGCGAGUUCUCCUGGGCAUGAAGAAGAGGGGCUUUGGUGCUGGCCGCUGGAAUGGCUUCGGGGGCAAAGUGCAGGAAGGAGAGACCAUUGAGGAUGGGGCUAAGAGGGAGCUGGAAGAAGAGAGUGGUCUGACCGUGGAUGCCCUGCACAAGGUGGGCCACAUCUCAUUUGAGUUUGUGGGGUCCCCUGAGCUGAUGGACGUGCAUGUCUUUUCUGCUGACCACGUACAUGGGACACCCACGGAGAGUGACGAAAUGCGCCCUCAGUGGUUCCAACUGGACCAGAUCCCCUUUGCUGACAUGUGGCCCGAUGACAGCUACUGGUUCCCACUUCUGCUUCAGAAGAAGAAGUUCUGUGGGUACUUCAAGUUCCAGGAUCACGACACCAUCCUCAACUACUCGCUGCGUGAGGUGGAUGAAUUCUAACACAGGGGUCUGGCCAGUUCUGGCCACACUCAGGUGGCUGCACAGCCACAAGCUGUCAGUCCAAGGGCACCACAAAGAGGGACUGGGAUUUUCUGUUUGCAAAGUGUUGAGGUUGGGAUGUGAAAUGCGUGAAUACUUCAUCUUCACCUACUGGCCUUGUUUUGGAAGGUUGUGGCACCUUUAGGAAGCAGAGCUCUGAUGGGGAAACUGAGUCACUGGGGGUCAGAGGGAUGUGGGAUGGGCCUUAAGGUUUAUAAAGUAUUAUUUAAGAUGUGUUAAAUUUGUUUAUGCUAUGGAACAUUUGUUUUAAUGAUGCAAAGAUGUGUUGCAUUCUUUUA